AAAAAUGAGUGCCGCCACCGAGGGUUGCGCCAGACUGUGACGGAUAUUGAGAGGGCAGGUAGUUCCUUUGGCUCGUCUUUGGACCCCUAAGUGAAAGACUCUAACGCCCAGAUCAAAGGGGUGAAACUCAAAUUUAGGACCCUGUGGAUUCUUUAACGCGUCAUUUGCUCAGGCGCGCCGCGGGCAGUCCUGGUGGGGGUCCUCGCGGCCUGCCAAGAUGGCUGCCUCCGCUGUGAAGGGUGUUCGAGGGUGGUCGAGCCUGCCGCUGGUCGCGCGUCGUGCUGUCUUGCGGCUUCCAGGGGUAACCCAGGUGCGGUGGAGCCGCUAUGGUCCUGAAUAUAGGGAUCCCAAGAUUGACAAGGAAUAUUACCACAAGCCUGUGGCCGAGCUAACUGAGGAGGAGAAGUAUGAUCAGGAACUCAAGAAGACCCAGCUCAUCAAAGCUGCUCCAGCGAUGAAAACAAGCUCUGUUUUUGAAGACCCAGUGAUCAGUAAAUUCACCAACAUGAUGAUGAAAGGAGGAAACAAAGUACUGGCCAGAUCCCUCAUGACACAGACCCUGGAAGCUGUGAAAAGGAAGCAGUUUGAGAAGUACCAUGCUGCUUCUGCAGAGGAACAGGCAACCAUCGAACGCAACCCCUACACCAUCUUCCACCAAGCACUGAAAAACUGUGAGCCUGUGAUUGGGCUAGUACCUAUCCUCAAGGGUGGCCACUUCUACCAGGUCCCUGUGCCCCUAGCUGACCGACGUCGCCGCUUCUUGGCCAUGAAGUGGAUGAUCACUGAGUGCCGGGAAAAUAAGCACCGGCGAACACUGAUGCCCGAGAAGCUGUCACACGAGCUGCUGGAGGCUUUUCACAACCAGGGCCCUGUGGUCAAGAAGAAGCAGGACAUGCACAAGAUGGCAGAGGCCAAUCGUGCCCUGGCCCACUACCGCUGGUGGUAGCGGUUCUAGGCGAAACCCAGGGCCCUCUGCUGCAAGAAAGUGUGAGCCACUGCCACACUGAAAAAUGCCUGUGGGUUAAGGACAUAGUUCGUUUUUAAGGGUGGGCAGGCCUUACAGGGAGGAUGGAGCAGCAUGUUUACUGCCCAUUAAUCCUUUCUUUGAGGCUAGAACUUGCUCUACCUGCCCCAUACCUUGUUAAGAUGGAACAUACCAAUUUGAGGAUUCCUCCAAAAAACUCAGGGCCCAGUCUUUUCCCUCAGCUUGAGGUGGACCUUUGGAUGAUAUAAAAGGAAGCAGUUUUAGUAUCAGCAAAGAUUUAUUAGAAAGUUCUCAAGCUGACCUGCCAUAGCAUGUGACGACGGUACUACCGUUCAUUAAAACUGAGUGGAGGACAUA